AUGGAAGUUAUUCACGCACCCUUUGAGAUUGCCUCUAUUGCGACAUUUCAUCCUGAUAUUCCUCUCCCACUUGUUACCAAGCUAUCACUGGACCUCGAAGUGCCUCAAGACAGCGAAAUCACCUCUGCCACAGUCAAACAAGCUGAAGACAUCAUUCGCGUUCUUGAAGGAACGAAAGAUUAUGAGGAAACUAUAACGGAGGACGUCAUUCAAACUGCCAAGGACCAGGUCUAUACAUUGCGUGAUAUCACUUCUCAAUUCAAGUUUCGGGAUCUCACGGGCGUCGAUGCUCGCCUGGAUUCACUCGAGGAAAAGGUUGCGGUGGCGCGGACUGAGUCUCAAGACCAAAUGAAGACCCUCAUGGACCAAAUGAAAUCUCUCGGUGACAAAAUCGAAAUUCUCGUGCAAUCCAAUGUCCGACUCGAAGCAAGCCUGGAGGCACUCCCCCGAAUCGAGGCUCGCCAAGAGAAUAUGACCAUUGUAAAGAAGAAUGCUCAUAUGAUGCGAGCGAACACUGGCCUUUACAGAUAUGCAUCUCCGCUCAAAGUGAUUGCUGGUGACGGUCUCGCACUUGCUCAGCAACUUCUCCCUCAAGGUCGUAACACUGUUCCUGAAGUGGCAGUGGGAAAUGUUGGCACUGUUCUAUGGGACGUGAUAGAUAUCAGUGAUCUUGACCACAACAAAAUUCUCCGCCUGAUACGUUAUUACAACCAGGAUUUCGAGAUCCAGGCUGCUGAUGUGCUUCCUGCUCGGAUCCAGAAAAUCCUAAACUAUCUUAUAGGCCAAGGAAAUGGCUAUUAG